CUGUCUUAAGUUUCUGAUGUUCAGGGUGGAUUGAGAUCCCCACCAAUUAACUGAAUGGGGAGAUUCGACAUAACAGCCUACAAAAAUGAAGGGAUCAAUAUCAGCAGUCCUACUUCGCCUGCUAAAAGCAAGUUUCAUGGCGCCAUUAACAAAAUAGUCUACCGUAGAGUUCGUGCACCUAGGCGUAACAAUAUUCAACAACAUUUUGCCAAAAUAAUAGCCCCCAUAUUGUGGUUAUGUGUUCUUUUAUUUUGUGAAAGCUUGUUUUGAUCGUAAACCGUUGGUCGUCAUGUUGGCUAGAAUGAUAAAAUCAGAAACGAUUAUCACGCGCGACUUUAUUUCAGCACCAAGGACAGUUCCCAGACUGGAGCGCGAGCCGAGGACGGAGCUAGCUGAAUUUUAGCUACGUUCUUUUGGUUAAAAAAUAUCUAACACAGUAGCUUUACAUAGACACAGCCUACUAUAUAGGCCUACUCGCAUGAGUUUUAAGUGAAUUACAAACACAAGUGUCCAAUACUGAAUACCGAAUUCUGGGGUUAGAUGUUCAAAUAAACAGUAGAUAUAAAAUAUGCAAAUAGGCUGUAGAAGGAUAUGUAUGGCAAUAGACAGUUGUCUGCUUUGUCUUAGUAAAGCUAUUCAAGAGUAGGCUAAUGGUGAAAAAAGAACGAUGAAAAUGUGUAUUUCAAUGAACACUUGUUUUAUUAACACCAGUUCCAAGUCAUUCAUAAAACUGUAAUAGGCGUCUUCUUGCACGUUUUGGGAGAAGAAGGAAUGAAUGUCAGCCAUGUAUGCAGUCAUUGUGUUAUUUGAAACAUAAGUGUGCUGAAGGGUCAUAUGUUACUUAGCUCAUUCAGUAGUGGGGAAACGAGAUGGAUAGGCAAAGCGGAGGGUGGAAUAUCCCUCAAAUGCGCUCCUCCCCUCCCCCACUUCUCCACUCCAGACUCAUUGGAGCACGCACCUCAAUUUCUGACCCAGACCGUCGUUGGUGGCUUUCUUACAGCGAAUCCACAAGACUGAGGAUGAUCACUUUUAACAUGAUCUGAAUGGAAGCGUGUGAUGACCCAUGCACGUCAGAGGGGAUCUCUGUGGCAGCAGCAGCAGCAGCAUUGGAGAAGCAGCAGCAGCAGCAGCGAGCAGCAGCAGCAGCACUGGGACCAGGCAGCAGCAGCAGGAAGAGGAGGCAGCAGCAGCAACAGCAGCAGCAGCAGCAGCAGCAGCGCAGCCACAGCCCCAACACAUGCUGAGACCAUGGGCCGAGUCUGGCCCCGGAGCCCCAGAGGAGACGCAGACUCUCAGUCUCAGCGGACGACAACGACGACGACCCACAAGACCCAGACCCAGAUCCAGAAGACCAAGAAGGCCAAGACCAAGAUCCGGAUCGGGAGUGCGAGGAGCAGGAGCGGGGACAAGGAGGAGGACAACGACAGACGAAGGAAGGAGGGAGGAGGAGGAGGAGGGAGAGAGAGGGAGGUGAAGGAACUGAAUGACACCAGUGCCGGCUGUAGCUCUGGCGCCAGUAGUGGCUCCAGCUCCAGUGCCCGCCGGGACAGGAAGAUGUACCCUCUGAGGGGCCGCCUGGGCCUGGGCGAUCUGGGCACCCGCAACUGCAGCGUGGUGCUGACCCGGCUGGAGGAGAGCGAGGGAAAGACUGGUGGUGCCAUGGAGUACGGCGGCAGGAGGGUGGCACGUGGCAACCACAAGCUAUGGAACAAGGAGAGGGCACGGGGGGACAAGCUGUGGAAGAAGGAGAGGGCACGGGCUGAGAAGUUAUGGGACAAGGAGCGGCCACAGGGCGAGAAGCCCAGGAAGAAGGAGCGUCCACGAGGCGACAAGCUAUGGUGCAGGGAAUGGGAACGAGAACUAGAACGAGAACGACAACGAGAGUGGGACAGGUUACAUUCGAGUUUGCAGAGAACCAAUCCCAAGCCGAAGCUCAAGCUCAAGACCAAGCGUUGCAAGUGCAGAAAGAAGGGCUGCAAAGACUGCUGCAUCUCAUCAUCGCACAAGGCACUGCUGUCAUCAUCACCAUCAUCAUCGCCAUCACCAUCGCCAUCGCCAUCGCCGCCACUGUUGCAACUACCAAAAAACAAGCCGCCCAAACCAGACGCAUCUGCCUUAUUCUUGUUCCCGGAGUUCAUGCAGGAGCCACGCAAGCGUCGGCUGGCCUCCCUCAACGCAGAGGCGGUCAACAGCCUGCUGUUCGACAGGGAGGACAGCCAGCAGCAAGCGUCCAGACUCGCAAAGAAGCAGCAACAGCAGCAGCAGCAACAACAGAGUCCUACUAUGAAAGGAGAAUGCUCUUCUAGUCUGGCUAAGGACUCGGCUAAGGACUUGGCCAAGGAGUUACCCAGCCUGAAAAGACCUGCUGCAGCCACUGCGCAAGGCAGAAAGCGGACAGCGGAACCGUCGACGGAGGCGGAGGGGAGCUCCCCCAGCCCCAAGAAGGCCAAGAAGGCCAAGAAGUCGUCGCAUUCGGUUAGGGAGCAGGACGACGAGGAGACCGCGCGCCAGCUGAGCUUGCUGUAUAGCCCCACACCGCGGCGCGUGGCCGGCCUGAAUGCCGCCGCCCUCCUCAAACUCACGAGCACAUCCGCCGGCGUCAAGCGGCGCGUCAAGCCGGAAGCAGAACGCAAGCAACAGCACCAGCAGGGCAGCGGAACCUUGCAAAGUAAAAAACAACAUCAACAACAACAACAACAACAACCACAACAACCACAACAACAGCAACAAAAGCAGCAGCAGCCACAUCACCACCAUCACCAUCACCACCACCACCUGUCAAAAUCACAGACACUGCAGCACAAGUCCCACAAGCAGCAACACGAGCAGCCUCCUAUUCAGCAACAGCAGCAGGUGGUCCAGAGGUGCUGCAGCCUCUGCAAGGAGGCCUACCAGCAGGAGGCGCUGUGGGAAGGCUCGGCAGGCGGUGGCACUGGGGGCGGCCACGGCUACAUGCGCUCCACACCCGGCUUCCAGUGCCAGCGCUCCAUGCUGGGCUAUCCCUCGCCGCCCUCGCUCAAGCAGGUGAAGGAGGAGCAGACGGAGACGGAGGUGAACCCCUACUCCUUCUGCUGCUCGCCGGAGCGCUCGGUAGAGUACUGCCACCGGCUGGCCCUCUUCCUGGACCCCCCGCCGCAGAAGGCCUACCAGGAGACGGAGCACGAGCACGGCCUGCCGCCCGGGGUCAAAGGUUACCUGGCCGCCCACCACCCGGCCGCGCUGACGCUCAACCCGCACCCGUACCCGUGCUACUCGGGCUACUACGUGCACAUCGCAGCGGCCCACCACGGGCCCGCCUCCUCGCCGCCCAUCAGCACGGCGCCCGUGCCCGUGCCCUACCCGCCCUCCUCCGUGGGGCCCAUCGCGCUCUGCUCCAGUGGGGUGCAGAGGCCCAAGCUGCUACCCCCGUCGUCGGUGUCGCACGGCCCACCGGGGGGCAUCCCGCACCCGGCCUACUGCAGCUGUUAUGGGGGAGAGACGUGUCGCAUGGCACCCUACGGGUACCGGGGCUCGGCCCACCUGCAGGCGAGGGGGUGCUCCUACAGCGCCGACUGCUCCAGCUGCAACCGCAACAUCAAAAUGGAGACGGACUACCCCUACCCCCUGGAGGAGCACAGCCCCUCCAUCCCGGUCUCGCCCCCGCUGCCCCUCUCCGUCUGCCCCAUGCCCAGCGUGCCGCCCUCCCCGCAGCCCGUGCCUCACCUCCAGACGCCCUUAUCCGACUCCGGCGCCCCCCAGGCCCAGCUGCGUGUGGCCAGGGAGUGCCCCCAGAGUGCCAAGCCCCCCAGCGGCUCCCGCUCUGGGGCGCGCACCAACGCCUCAUCUGCCGGAGGGUUCCCGCACCGCAAGGACAAGAAGCCGGGCGGCCCGGGCAGCGCCAGCGGGACGGGCCUCAAGCAGCAGAAGAUCUCCCGUCGCCGGGCCACCAACGGAUGGCUUCCGGUCGGCGUCGCGACGGAGAAGGAGGUGUUCGUCGUGGGCGAGGAGACGAUGGUUCUGCGCCGGUGUUACGAGGCGGUGCAGAGGGCGGGUGAUGUGAUCCAUGUGAGGGACACAGUGCUGCUACGCUCGGGGCCACGCAAGAAGUCCCUGCCCUACGUGGCCAAAGUCUCAGCCUUCUGGGAGGACCCUGAAACUGGAGAGAUGAUGAUGAGCCUGUUUUGGUACUACCGCCCAGAGCACACUCAGGGGGGGCGCAUUUCCAGCAUGCACUGUGAGAAUGAGAUUUUUGCGUCCCGCCAUCAGGAUGAAAACAGUGUGGCCUGCAUUGAAGACAAGUGCUAUGUGUUGACUUUAGCUCAGUACUGUAGAUAUUGUGCCUUGGUGAAGCGUCAUGCUGACGGACUCCCCAAAAGCUCCCCGCUGGUGCCGCCAAUGUCGCAGGGCUACUCGGUGCCCGCCCAUCGCCGCGUGCCCGCCAACGUGGACCGCGAUCUGGUCUUCGUCUGCCGACAUGUCUACGACUUCCGCUACGGACGACUGCUCAAGAACCUGCAGUAGUAGCUCUGCAGAGAGAGAGAGAGAGAGAGAGAGAGAGAGAGAGAGAGAUGGAGAUAUGGGGAGGGGUGGGAUGUGUGGGGUUGGCUGCGCUUUAGAUAGCACGAGAGUGAGGAGAGAGUGUGGGGAGGAUAGAAAGGCAUGAAUAUGAGAGAGAGAGAGAGAGAGAGAGAGAGAGAGAGAGAGAGAGAGAGAGAGAGAGAGAGAGAGAGAGAACGGGAGGAGGAGAAGAAAACACUAGUGAAAGAUGGACGGCCCUUUUGACUGAGACCUGAGUCAUUCCCUCCAAGAUUUUCUUUUCGCCAUAUUCAGAAAUAUUUCCCACAAUCCCAAUAAUUGGUUGUAUUUUUUCUUUAUGACCACAGGAAUGAACUUCCACCACCAAUGGGACUGCAGUUCCGUUCCUUUCGAUCUUUAUCAUAAAUUGUGUUCUGGAUGAUACGAUGUUGGACUUACGGUCACAGUUAUCCGAAAAUGCAUAAGUAAAUUAAUUUGAUAUCAGCACAGUAACAGUCAUAACGAAUACUCCUAAAGUCUUGGAGGGAUUGCAGAUUUCUCGAAUGGUUUGUUGCAUUAGAAAAAUAUACCAGUCAUCGUCUCUGUGGAAGUGAGAGUGUGAGUGAUUGGAUUAAGUGGAAGCCAUGAAACUGUAUCAGAGUGAUCAGACUUUUGGGCUGACACCUCGUUCUCUUAGCUGGGCAAAAAUUAGAAUCCCCAAAUGUUGGACGUUUUUUGUAACCUGAGAUUCACACAAUAUGAAUUUAGUCUAAAAAAAUAUGGUGGCACAAAUACUUUUUUGCAUACAAACAAAUGCCAUAAUAUUAUCAUAGUUUGAGAGUCAACCUAUAACUUGUUGAUAUAUUUAUUAUUUGGUUUUGUGGAUAGUGGUUCUUUUUAAGACAGCAAAGAGCACUUGUUAUGGGGUCAGAAUUGAAGGUACAAUUGUAACUGACCACCAGGUCUUGACAUCUUUUUUUCUGUGUGUGUUAAAAGUCGCCCAUAUUGGAUCUAGUGCAUUGAGAUCUAUUUAUUUAUGAGAGGUUAGAAAAAAAUGUAUUUAUUUUUUGGAAAAAAAAAACGUAAUUUAAGAGCUAUACAGAUCAGUUUCUUGUAUUUUGGAAAAGGAAAGAUUAAAAAGGAAUCAGUAGGUCCUCA